UAACUCUCCAUAAAAAGUCAGUUUGGUAGAUAAAUAGCAGUAUAGUAGCCAAGAAUAAAUAGCAGUGCGCGAUACAAAGAGGCUUUUUUGGAGUCACUGGGAGGGACGUUUGACCUUCAUUUGGGCGUUUGCUCAGUGUGCUGUGACUGUGACCUGGCCCAGGCAGCUGACUGAACUCAGGAGUCAGGACCAUGAUGAGCUCAGAGAUACUGACCAUAGUCGUGCUCUUUACCGUCCUGUGCUCCGGACAAACAUCCCAGGAACUCACAGACACACAACUGUCCCAGCAGGAAAUGGAGAACGAAUUGGUUGAGGCUAUGACAGCACUUUUGGGAAGAUAUCAGCCUCAUUUACCAUCUUCAGAAAAACGUGGCAUUCCACAGUGUGCCGUGGGCUCCCGCUGCGCCAUGAGACUGGGUCCACGCUUUGGGAAAUUGUGCGAAUGUGUCAGAGGAUCUAACUGUAACUCAUUUCUCCUAAAAUGCAUCUGAGUCAUUAAAAAAGCAGCAAAUCCAUAAUCCUUUCUUGAAGCUGUAAAGUCAUGCAUUUGGAAAUCACUGUUUUUUGAAUCACUUGUACGAGGUCUAUGACAAGCAUUUAUCAAAACGCAGCAUGACAAGCAAUAGCAUAGCAUGGGUUUAAUGUGUUUAUUCAUUUAUAUUUUUAAUUGUUGUCUUGUGUUAUCAAUAAACAUGGCUAUUAU